UGUGGGGUUCAGCUGUUGGUAGGUGGUUAUUAAUGGGGUCGGUGAGCACUGGGUUUGAGUCUUAUUACUGGGGUCGAGCUUUUCCCUUGGGCACGUUAACCUAAAAGCUCUCAAGUUGGGGGGAACCCCUUUGGGGUCGUACAGAUGAAAAAGAAACGCGUUCAACCCGAUGCUGUCGGGGUGCAAAGCGGGGCUCUGGCAGCGAUGCCGGGCGGUGCUGCCGGCUGGGCUGUGCCGUGCCGGGGGGCGGUCCGUGCAGGGGGCGGUGCUGCCCCUCCCGGUGCGGCGGGGCCGGCGGCAGCGCUUAGCGGGGCCGAUCACACCGGAGGAGGAGGAGGAGGCGGCGGGGCCAUGAAGGUGAAGAAGAGCGGCGGGGCCGGGGGAGCGGCAGCGAGGACCGAGGAGGAGCUGGGUCGGAAAGCGCUCAUCGGGCCCGACGACGUGCUGGGGCUGCAGCGGGUCACCAGCGAUUACCUAUGCACUCCAGAGGAAAACGUUUACAAAAUAGACUUCACCAGGUUUAAAAUCCGGGAUAUGGAAUCGGGCACAGUGUUGUUUGAAAUCACCAAGCCAGCAGCAUCAGAGCGUGAACACAAUGACAAGAAGGACGUUGACCCCAACGCGGGGCGCUUCGUGCGCUACCAGUUCACCCCAGCUUUCCUUCGCCUGCGCCAGGUGGGGGCCACGGUGGAAUUCACAGUAGGGGACAAACCCAUCAAUAACUUCCGCAUGAUUGAGAGGCAUUACUUCCGUGAUCAGCUGCUGAAGAGUUUUGACUUUGAGUUUGGGUUCUGCAUCCCCAGCAGUAAGAACACGUGUGAGCACAUCUAUGAAUUCCCACAGCUCUCGGAGGAUCUCAUUCGAGAGAUGAUCCUCCAUCCAUACGAGACACAGUCGGACAGUUUCUACUUCGUAGAUAACAAGCUGGUGAUGCACAACAAGGCAGAUUAUUCAUACAGUGGAGGACCUUGAGAGCGGGAUGGACAGCCAACCUGGGCUGGCCUUUGCUUUCCAAUUGAAGUCAUCAGGGACACCAACACCUUCGGUUCAGUUGCCUACAACGUCAGCUGGACACGGAUCCACAAACCAAGGACUCUGCCACAGUAGGAGUUUCAUGACCAAACUGGCCAGCCUCAUCUCUUUGAGCAGACCCAGAUCUUCAGAGCUCUGAGCGGUUCUACGAUGCUACGCGAACUGUGGAUGCCACUUCCCUAUGUUCUUCAGGUGUCUGCUUUGAACAUGGCCUUGUGGGACCUUGUGGGAUUUUGCAGAUCUGUCUACUUCCCUCACGUAUCCUUUGGGACGCGAUGGUUUUGGGAAAAGCAAUUUGAGAAAUGCAAUGUGAGUGGACGGAUGCGAGCGCAGAGUUUUGGUUGGUUGGCUCUUGUUGUGAAUGCUUCAAAAGCACGGCCAGUUUUAACCUGUACAUCCAGCUGAAAACCUUACAGGAUCAAGUUUCAUCUUUUGGAUUAUUGCUCUAAAUAAGCAUCUCAUCCCUUUGUUUUGCUCCUUCUGUAUAAUGGUUUUGAAAUCUUGGCAGCAAUGAAACAUGCAGUGAAGACCGCUAGUUUCAUCAGGUACUGUGCUGCAUUUCAGAUGGAAGAACAUAGUGUUGGGUGUCUACAAGCCCUCUAAACAUCCUCCAUUAAUUUCAGUUUUUGCAAACUGAAUCCAGAAUAGUCUGGCCCAAAAAAAAAAAAACAAAAAAGAAAAGGAUUUUAGCUUUAUUUAAUGCUUUUACAUAGCUACCAUUCAGCUUGUCCGUGCUAUGUGUCAUACAUGUCUAUUUCUUUAAUCUGUGCUCAACACUAAGACAAGGGCUUCAGCAAUGCUCGUUAGAGCAACACUAAUUUGUCCAAGGCAGUCAGAAAGUGUGGAACGUCUAAUCUCUCAUUUGUAUCUGAAUUUGAAGUGUGCUAUGUCAGCUUUUUCCCUUUGUUUUGCACUGGGUAUGAAUACAGGUGAAGCAGCAACUCUAAUAAUGUCAGGCUUUAAGCCUUCUCUGUAAGAACUUUAAGAACAACCUUGCACAAGUUUCUCAGGAUGCACUUCUUAGGAAGAUAAUAGUGCAAUGAAGUAGCAGUGUCAAUAGCAUAGUGCAUGCAAAACCAAACCUGAGAAGGUUGUGCAGGGUCAAAGCUUCCCUCCUUCAUUUUUCCCAAUUGCCUGUUGUCAUGAAACCCUUACUCUAAAGAUCAGUGAUAGCUUAAAAGAGGAAAAAAAGGCAGUUGCAGUCUGUAGAUAUUCCUAUAAAUACUUGAUGUCUCCAUGUCUGUUCCUGUGAGUUGAAGUGGAAUGUUCAAUGUUAGCCUCAGAUACGUGUGAUUGUACUAAUUUUUAUAAACUACCAUUUCCAGUCGUGACGAACCUCUCCUUGGUCGCAGCUGAAGUCAAACAGGAGAACUACGAGUGGUUGCAGAUGGGAUGUAAGAGCAGGGAGGCUGCGUGCUGUUACUGGUAGAUGGCUGUCAGCUGUGGGGACGUUUCGUAGCAUCACAGAGCCGUUCAGGUUGGAAAAGAGCUCUCAGAUCCCCGAGUCCAACCCCAACCCACCCCACCAUGCCCACAUCCUUCAGUGCCACAUCCCUAUGGUUCUCCAGCACCUCCAGGGAUGGGGACUCCAUCACUUGAAGGAUUCCAUUU